GAACAUACCGGUUCAGGCACAGACGUGUUUAUGAUCUACCAGUAAAGAAGGUUUCUCAGUCUAUCUGUGGAUGUGGAACAGGAAAUUUUAAACCAUGAACAGUCCAAAGUGUCCCCAUUGUCAGCAGUCUGAUAUCAGAAAGCUGGAGGGUCAGCGUGCGGUCUGCAAGUCUUGUUCUAAAGUGAAGAGGUGCGUGUUUCAGUUCUGCUGGGCAUGUCAGAGGGAAUGGCCUCGCAAUGCUUCGACCACCAACUCCUGCAUGCUGCCGAACUGUGCGCUCCGUGCUGCCCUCCUAAGCGUGAAACUGAUCAGUGAACCGCAAAGUUCGGUGAAAGGAUGCCCGUACCUCAGGGCCUGUCCUGGAUGUCAUGCCCUACUAACACACAACGGUGAGGGGUGCCCUAACAUAAUUUGUCCACACUGCAACGAGGAGUUCUGCUUUCGCUGCCUGCGCCCAGAAUGCUAUGACAAUGAAGACUAUGACGAUGAUGAUGAUGAUGAUGAUGAUCUUGAGCCAGAGCCCUGUGUGAUAGUGGAUAACACUGAGAUCCUUCGACAUCUAGAACUGUAGUAGUGGAUAAAUGGAAUAACUUUGAGGAUAAACUACUAAAAAUAACAUUUUAAUUUAAAUUUGAUUGAUUUAAUAAUGAGAAAGGAAAAGUGAGAAUACUGUAUUUUGAUUUCCAAAGAGAAUACAUUUUUACUCCAAAAAGUUCUGUUUUU